UUUCCACCCGCUAUCCCCUAAACAAACGCGAGGGAAUAGGAAUAGCUUCGGCAACCCUCCUCAAAUCCUUUUAUAUAACUCCGAAAUUAGAAGUGCAACAAUCUCAGCAGUCGCACUACUUGUAUAAAACCAAAACUUUUCAAUUUAUUUUAGCAAAUUUGUUUUCUCAGUUUUUCCAGAAGCUCUCUAAUCGCACUUCAUCUUACCUGUCUCUCUGUUUUUUCUUCCAGUUUCCGCCAAUGUGAGAACAAACCCCCCAUUUCACUUCCUCUUUUUGGCUUUUAAUUUCUGUUUUUCCUCCUUUAAAUCGUGAGAAAGUCCCCAAUUUACACGUUUCUUAAAAACAAAUCAAUUCCUUUUAAAAUUAUUUUUUCAAGUAAAUUCCGUUUUUAUUUUUAUUUUUAUCAUCUGGGUAAGUCCGAAUUUUGUGAUUUUAAACAUCUGGGUAUUGCUAAAACCGAUUAAAUUGAACUGGGUAUUGCUCAAAACCCCCAAAGUUUCAAUCUUUUUUCUUUUUUUUACUGUUUAAGUUAUAAAUAAUGGGUAAGGGUUUAGAAGGAUGGUCAGUGAGGCAUUUAUUGAUAGUGUCAGUAGCCUUAAAUGUGUGGUUAGUGUUAAAGGUUUCGAAUUAUGAUAAAGAUACAAAUUUCACUACAGAGAAGAUCUUUAAUGGAUUCUGCGCACAUGAAGAGUUUCAUAAACAAGUUCCUUUAUCUUCUUCUUCGUCUUCUUCUUCUUCAAUGGCGGCUGCUGCUGUAGGUGAGAAGAAAUCUGUUCAUGAUGAAGCUGAUGAUGGAAGAAUAAUCAACUUCGAUCAUGGUGAUCCGACAAUAUACGAAAAGUAUUGGCAGGAAGCAGGAGACAAAACAUCAGUUUUCAUUUCGGGAUGGCAAUCUAUGAGUUAUUUUUCCGAUGUCAAGAACCUUUGCUGGUUUCUAGAACCAGAGUUCGGAAAAGAGGUCAUUCGAUUGCAUAACAUUGUAGGAAAUGCUGCAACAGAUGAUCGGCACAUUGUUGUUGGCACUGGCUCAACACAGUUGUUCCAGGCUGCAUUGUAUGCGCUCUCAGCAACUGGAGGGACAGAGCCAAUAAGUGUGGUUUCUUCUACGCCUUAUUACUCUUUUUACCGCCAAGUGGUUGAGUACAUGAAGUCCGGGCUCUACAAAUGGGUUGGUGAUGCAUCCACUUUCGAUAAAGACGAGCCUUACAUUGAGCUGAUCACUUCACCUAACAACCCAGAUGGGUUAAUGAGACAACCUGUUGUCAAUCGAAGUGGAGGAAUGUUGAUUCACGACUUUGCUUACUACUGGCCGCAGUACACUCCUAUCACUUCCGCAGCUGAUCACGACAUUAUGUUGUUCACCGUCUCCAAAACUACUGGCCACGCCGGGAUGCGUAUUGGCUGGGCUCUUGUGAAAGAUGAAGCAGUAGCUAAAAGAAUGACCAAAUUCAUAGAGCUAAAUAGCAUUGGAGUCUCCAAGGAUUCACAGAUUCGAGCAGCAAAGAUUUUGCAGACUGUCUCAGAUAGCCGUGAGCAUGCUGGUGAUAGCAAGGACUUUUUUGAAACGAGCUAUCAUCAUAUAGAGCGCAGAUGGAAACAGUUGAGAGAAGUAGUGGGAAAGACCGGGAUUUUCAGUACUCCCGAGUUCCCUCCCGCUUUCUGCAAUUAUAUGAGUCGAUUGUUUAGCACUCAACCUGCUUUUGCAUGGUUGAAGUGCGAAGGGGAGAUUGAAAACUGCGAAGACUUUCUCCGAAGCCACAAGAUUUUGACAAGAAGUGGAAAACAUUUUGGAAUGAGCCCCAAGUAUGUGAGGAUAAGCAUGUUAGAUCGAGACUCGAAUUAUGAUCUUUUUAUUAAGAGGUUGUCGGAAAUGCGUACAUGAAUCUGAAGACUGAAUGAUUUAUUUUCUCAGGGAAAGGGAAAGGGAAGGACUUGUAUAUUAGUGAAAAAUUGACCUUCAAAGAACACUUUCUAACAUGUAUCUUUGUUUUUUAGGGUUCUUAAGACUUGAAUCUCAUAUAGCUUUUCUAGUUUAUGUUAUAAUAUUUCGUAGAGAGAUGAUUUAGGUACGUGUUAUAAGAGUAAAUGUAGGUUAUAAAGGUGUUGUUUCUAAAAUCUAA